UGGCGGCGCUCUGAGAGAUUUGCAGUUACUAUAAACAUUCACUUUUAAGCGAAUAAAAUGCAUUAAUGAGUCAAACAAAUGCACCAAACCUUUCAUAUUAUAUGAUGUUUAAUUAGCACACGUUUGCAGAGACGUGAAAAACGGUAAAAUAUCUUCUCUAUUUAUACUCAUAAACCUGUAAAAUCUACUGGCAUUGUAGUUUUGUUUGUUUCUACAUUAUUCGAGUAUCGGACAAUAGACUGCCGCAUGUUUGAAAACCGGAUCAAGUAGGAAUAUCCAGCAUCCGACAUUGAAUAAUACGGGCUAACUGCAUACACGUACAUUAGAGAUUAAACAUUGCUGUAAAUAAGAAGUGAGUAGAAGUAUGUAAAUUGAGAUUCGUGUUUAUAAAUGCUGCAUUAGUUUCAUCAUCCUAAACGAAGACUUGUUUCAACACGAACAGGAAUAACUCCAGGUGUUACAACUGAGAUCUGCGUGAUAAAUCAUUGUAAAAUGAUGUUUAUUAAAGAAGAGAGUGAGGACAUGAGUUAUCCAGAACCAUGCAGUUCAAAUGCCAUGAAAGAUGAAGAUACUGAGGAACAAAGAGAUUUGAUGGAAGUAAAAGAGGAAAGUCCAGAUCUAAAUGAAGUGGAUGAGAAACGCCAUCCGUAUCAGACACAUGAUUUUAAAACUGGACAAAACUCUUUUAGUGGCUCACAAACUGAAAAUAACUUCUUGCAAAAAAGAACUCGAAGAACAAGAGCCAACAAUUCUUUCACCUGCCCUCAGUGUGGGAAUACUUUUACACGUAAAGCAAGUCUUAAUAGGCAUAUGAGAAUUCACACUGGUGAGAAGCCUUUCAAAUGCCAUCAGUGUGGCAAGAGUUUCAGACAGGCAUGUGGUCUCAAAAAUCAUCUGUCCUUUCACUCUGGAGAAAAGUCAUAUAGCUGCGAUCACUGCGGCAAAACAUUUUCUUCAGCUUCAGUCUUAAGAAUACACCGGAACAUUCAUCUAAAUGAAAAGCCUUACUUGUGUUCACUUUGUGGAAAGAGUUUUUUACAGCUGCACAGUUUAAAAGAGCACCAGAACAUACAUGCUGGUGUGAGAGAUCAUGUGUGCUCGGAAUGUGGGAAAGCCUUUCACAGAGCUUGUUACUUGGAACGUCACCAAAGAGUCCAUACUGGAGAAAAACCUUACAAGUGUUCACAGUGUGAAAAGAGUUUCACUAAUUCAGGAAACCUAAAAAAACACGAGAGAGUGCAUACUGGAGAGAAGCCAUACCACUGCACUUUAUGUGGGAAAACUUUCAUUUGGUCAGGAAACCUGAAAAAACACGAGCGAGUGCAUACUGGAGAGAAGCCUUACCACUGCACUUCAUGUGGGAAGAGUUUCAUUGGGUCAGGAAACCUGAAAGCACACGAGAGAGUGCAUACUGGUGAGAAGCCAUACCACUGCACUUCAUGUGGGAAGAGUUUCAUUUGGUCAGGAAACCUGAAAAAGCAUGAGAGAGUGCAUACUGGUGAGAGGCCAUACAACUGCACUUCAUGUGGGAAGAGUUUCAUUGGGUCAGGAAACUUGAAAAAACAUGAGAGAGUGCAUACUGGUGAGCGGCCAUACCACUGCACAUCAUGUGGGAAGAGUUUUGCCCAAUCCAGUCAUCUACAGACUCAUAAUAAAAAAAAUCAUUGACCAGGGUUGUCACAGUGAGCAAAGUUCAUAUUUAUUUACCUUGCAAAUGGAAUGAAAUUUAGAAUUGAUUAAAUUUGUCACAAAAGAACAAUUCAAAAUAAGUGGGUGAAUUUCUACAUUACCUGUUUUUCUGAAUGAGCUGUCAUUAUAUGUGAAGGGCAGAAAAACAUCUGUACUUUCUCAACAAACUAAAAAGAAGUAGAAGUAUUUGUUUAGAAAACUAUUGUUGUUGAUGCUGUAAAAUGCUAAUUGUUUUAUGAAUUCUUCUAUGAUUGAGAGUAGCAAUAGUGCUAAAUUAUGUUAACAAUGACACAAUUGUUCUAUUAGUCUAUUAUUUCUCCAUUUAAUUGAAUAUUUGUGAAACAUGCAGAACUGAAUAGACUUUCAUCCACUGAAAUCAAUAACUACUAUAUUCUGUUAAAAAUCUUGA